UACACAAACAGAGCAGCUAUUGUUAGUCGAGGCCACAGUGGGCAGGUUGUGUCAGGCUUUAUCCCACGAUCACCCCUCACCUUUUUGAAUAUUUAUGCCAUUUAUUUGGAAGCCGAGCCGCUGUCGAGGAGCAAAGUUUUUUGCGGCUGUGCGCAGGUGAGGAAAGGAAACGCGCAGACGGAAGGAAGGGAGGAAGGAAGGAAGGAAGGAAGGAGGGAUAUUGAGGAAAGGAGGAAGUAAAGAACGGCUGAUUUUUGGUACCGCGUUACACCAACGCAGCGUUUACGCGAACCCUACGCCGUACCCUACGGCGUAGUCUCUGCGUCUAUUUAAUGCUUAAGGAGGACACACCAACGCUGCGCUCGGAACUCAACAGGUCAUUCACUUCAAUGUUGUAGUAGCUCUGCUCCAGACUUUCUUUUUUUUUUUCCAGCGUCAAAAAAACAAACGGAGACAAUUAAUAAUAAUAAUAAUAAUAAUAAUAAAAAUAAAAAAUGCCGUUGGGACCGUGGAGGAAAAAGAAACAGGCGACCAAGGAGCACUUGGUGGAGAACGAGGAGGUGAGCGGCGGCCACGCAGGUGCCGGCGGCGCGGCCAAGUCCUCCGUGAACGGAGCGGGGCUGCCGCCUCCCCCCGCCGGCCUGCGGCCCAAGCUGGUGUUCCACACGCAGCUGGCGCACGGCAGCCCCACCGGCCGCAUCGAGGGCUUCACCAACGUCAAGGAGCUUUACGCCAAGAUCGCCGAGGCGUUCAGCAUCAGCCCGCCCGAGAUCCUGUUCUGCACCCUCAACACUCACAAGAUUGACAUGGAGAAGCUGCUGGGGGGCCAGAUUGGCCUCGAGGAUUUUAUCUUCGCCCACAUUAAAGGGAUUAAAAAGGAGGUGGAGGUGUAUAAAUCAGAAGAUGCUCUGGGCCUCACCAUCACUGACAACGGAGCAGGCUAUGCCUUCAUAAAGCGUAUUAAAGAAGGCAGCAUUGCAGACAGGGUGAAGGUAAUCUGCGUGGGCGACCACAUAGAGUGCAUUAACGGAUGUAAUAUCAUCGGCACGCGGCAUUAUGAGGUCGCCCGCAUGCUGAAAGAGCUUCCCAGGGACAAGUCUUUCAGCCUCAAACUGGUUGAGCCGAUGAAGGCUUUCGAUAUGCUCGAGCCCCGGUCGAAAGGUGCCGCCAAGCCUGCCAACGAAAACAAGAUUGGGACGGGGAGGGGCACCCUGCGACUUCGCUCCAAAGGUCCAGCCACUGUCGAGGACGAGCCGACAGAAUUUGAAGAGAAAGCUGUAAAGAAAGUAGAUGACCUUCUGGAGAGCUACAUGGGCAUCAGAGACACUGAACUUGCUGCUACGAUGGUCGAGGUCGGACGUGACAAGAACAACCCGGAUGAAUUUGCCAUGGCUCUUGACGAGACCCUCGGAGACUUCGCCUUUCCUGAUGAGUUUGUCUUCGACGUCUGGGGUGCCAUCGGUGAUGCCAAGCAGGGAAGAUUAUAAGUUUGCUGUUGCCCCCCCUCAUCCUCACACACACACACUCCUUCCACCUGAAGCCAGCUGCACAAAAAGCACAGAGUGGGUGAAGGAAGUGUUGUUACCUUCACUUUGCUCUUCGGUGUAGCCCUGGUCUUUGCUGGAGUGUCGACUUAUCUACUCAAGGAAUUUAACAUGUCAGCUCUUCAGUGUAAUCGUGUAAAGAUAUCUGUGAAAUGUGGAAUGCAGGUUCUGACCCUGGAGCCGAAGAGUUGGUGAUGAACUCCAGAUGUUUCAUGCUUUUGCACACCUCCUCAGAGACGGGACAGCCGAAGCUGCAUCUUAAAAGCUCACAAUACUGCAAAUAUCUAGCCAGCAGGUUUUUUGUCACACUUGACAUGAAUUGCACAUGCACAAUCUUAAAUUUUAAUAGUUUCAGACUCAGAUUAUAUUUUCCAGCUGUGUAAUUUUGAAUAUGUAGCUGUAUCGCAUAGCCUUUUCUAGUUUUUUUUUUAUUAUAUGUGUGUGUGGAGAUGCUGCUGAUUUUACAGCAGCAGCAUUGUGUACUUAGAACAACUAUGAUUGUAGCAGAACUUCUUUCAAGAAAGCUUUUUAUUAUUCUUUUUAAAUCUAUUCGAAGCUAAUAAUUUAGAAUGUUCUCUAAACUCCUUUGUGUCCUUACGUCCAUCCGUCAAAACCGAUCAACACAAAGAGCAGAGUUUUUAUUCUUUUCUUAAAUUUUACACUUAAAAUGCCUUUAGUCAAGUUGACGAAACACAUUCCUUGGGUUUGUCUUGUUUUUUUUUAUAAAUAGUUGAUCAUCUCAUGCUGUUUUUAGACCUGUGCAUCAUUUUCUUGUAAUUUAUGUGUAGAGUCUUGUACACAGACGUGACUUCACACAAAGGCCGUUUUAUAAGGGUCAUGCGCAGAAGAAAAACAAUAGCAAUGUCUUAAAUAAUUGCAGCUGCACUCUCACACUGUCUACAUGUCUUUAGAUGGUGACUUGAUUUCAUGUAAUCCACUAAUGUACAGCGUUUGCAGCAGUUGGUUGGACAAACCAUAAGGGAUCACUCUUUUUGCAUAGUCAAUAAAAUUUGAUAUAUUGCCAUCA